AAGGCUCAAACCGCCAAGAAGGCUGCUCUCAAGGGUGUCCACAGCAAGUCCGUUCGCAAGAUCCGUACUACCACCCACUUCCACCGCCCCCAAACCUUGGUCUUGAAGCGUGCUCCCAAGUACGCUCGCAAGUCUGUUGCCCAUGCUCCUCGUAUGGACCAAUACCGCAUCGUUCGUCAACCUCUCAACACUGAAACUGCCAUGAAGAAGAUUGAAGAACACAACACCUUGACUUUCCUUGUUGACAUCAAGGCCAACAAGCACCAAAUCAAGGAUGCUGUCAAGAGACUUUAUGAUGUUGAAGUUGCCAAGGUUAACACCCUUAUCACUCCUGUUGGUUACAAGAAGGCUUUUGUUCGCUUGACUGCUGAUGUUGACGCCCUUGAUGUUGCCAACAAGGUAAGAGAUAUAUUAUAUUAUUGUAUCCAAUUUAUUCAUUUCUUUUUAGAUUGGCUUCAUUUAAACAAAAUAAACUUUGUAAAUCUUGUGCGAGCAAAAACACUCAAAGGAAUAGAAAAAGGAGUUUAA